AUGACCGCUUCGUUUACCAAGCUUCCUUCUGCCGCGUCGAUUAGCCCGUCGCCAUUUCACAUUGCGAUUUCGGACGAGCAACUUUCCGACUUCAAGACUCUAGUGAAGCUCUCCAAGAUUGCCCCGCAGACUUACGAGAACCUUCAGACAGACGGCCGGUAUGGAGUCACCCACGAGUGGAUGUCUACGAUGAAGGCCGAGUGGUUGAACAAAUUUGACUGGCGAUCAAUUGAAAAGCGUGCCAAUAGCUUCCCCCAGUAUACCACGGAAAUCGAGGGCUUGACCAUCCAUUUCGCAGCCCUGUUCUCUGAAAAACCAGAUGCGGUACCCAUUGUACUGCUUCACGGAUGGCCUGGGAGCUACUUCGAGUUCCUUCCAAUGCUUCAAUUGUUCAAGGACGAGUACACCCCUAGUACUCUACCGUACCACUUGAUUGUUCCGUCGCUACCUGGAUAUGCCUUUUCCUCCGGGCCUCCGCUCGACAAGAACUUCACCAAUGAUGAUUCUGCUCGCAUAAUCGACCAGCUGAUGAAAGGCCUGGGUUUUGUUAGCGGAUACGUAUCUCAGGGCGGCGAUAUCGGAAGCAGAGUUGCAAGACUACUAGGUGUUCACUACGACAGCUGUAAAGCUGUUCACUUGAACUUUUGUCCGUUGACGUCUCGGCCCGAGGGCGUAUCUGAUGAGGGUCUGAGCGACCUUGAGAAGCGCGGACUAGAGCGGUUUAACUGCUUUCUGCACUCCGGCAAAGCAUACGCCGAAGAGCAUGGUACCAGGCCAGCUACAAUCGGACAUGUUUUAGCUUCCAGCCCAUUGGCAUUGCUUGCUUGGGUUGGGGAGAAGUAUCUCGAAUGGCCAGAUGCCCCUCUGUCAAAAGAAGCCAUUCUAGAACUAAUUACCCUUUACUGGUUUACUGAAUCGUUCCCAAGAGCCAUAUACCCUUAUCGCGAGUCUAACCCGGUACCUCGCUCAGCCCCAUUAGCUAUGACAAAGGAGCUCUAUCUACAUAAGCCCCUGGGGUUCUCGUACUUCCCUCAGGAGCUAAUGCCGGUUCCUAAGUCUUGGAUUGAGAAAACUGGGAAUUUGGUAUAUUUCAACCAACACACAGAGGGUGGGCAUUUCGCGGCUUUUGAGCGGCCCAAGGAGUUGAAAGAAGAUUUGGCGGAGUUUUUGUCCAAAGCUUGGCCUGGCUUUGCAUCGAAGUAA